AUGUUACAUCCACUACACUUCGGCUUUUUGGCCUUUUUGACCACCUCUCAGUUUGUUGGCUUGACAGUUGCAGAUGCGGGUGAUGUCAGCCUAUGUGGCCAGUCCGACUGGUGGAACUCGACAGAUGUCCCCUAUUCAUUCAACAACAAUGCAUGGGGCAAUGACAGUUCGGGUUACCAGUGUCUUUCCAUCCAUGACGGUGGCCGGAGCUUCAGCGUCGCCUACAAAUGGACUGGGGACGCAUCUCUUGUUAAGGGUUACCCUUACAUGAAGGCGCAUCCCACCAGGCUGCCCGUCCAGCUUUGGAAUGUCACGCAACUGCAGAUCACUGGGAACUGGCAGACUUAUGUCACUGGCAAGGAACAGGCCAGUGCCGACGAGCAGGCCAGAGCCUUCAAUGACGUCUCGCUCUAUGCCAAUGUCGCUGUCGAUAUGUUCUUGUCCGAUAAUCGAGAAAACUCCACCAUGGUCGGCGCUCCUAUUGAGAUUAUGAUAUGGCCAUGGUGGACCCCGACUGUGAAGCCUCUGGGUUGGGCCGAGUCAACUCCCGACAAAGAUACCGUCACUAUCGACGGCACGCCAUUCUCCCUGUACCAUGGCUGGAACGAUGGCGGACAGCACGUCUUUUCCUGGCUGGCCCGUACCAACCUCACCCGAACGGAUGCUGACUACGGCCCCUUGCUCCAGUACAUCUGGAAGAAGGGUAUGCUGUCCGGUGCCUUGUGGCUAGGACAGCUGGAACUGGGAACUGAAAUCAAGCAUGCUGCUGGCGACAUGCAUUUCGAAGCCAGCAACUAUACCCUGAAAGUUGUACGACAGGGCGAUCCGGAAGACAAGACGUCCACCACCUCGACGACGUCGGCCACCACUAGCAGAACACCCACCACCACAUCAGCCCUAGCAACUGCCACUGCCAACAGCAUCACCACAAUUCCAGCUCCAACAAGCACAAAUGCAGGGUCACCUGGGCUGCAUGUACACACAUUGUGUUGGUGCCUUUGGGUUGCUGGUAUAAUCUUAUAA